GAGUUCUCGCACCGCCUCCCGGAUCUGCCGUGGCCAGUAUCGAGUGCGCCGCUCGCUCGGCCCGGACCAUCCGCAGAGGCACGCGAGCCAAACUCCGAGAGACUCUAUUACAUGCAGCGGAGGCGCAGGCGGCUGCGGCGGCGGCGACGGCGGCGGUUCCAAAUGAUGUGAGGAAUGAUCACGUGGUUGAUGGUUGGACUGCUUUUGUUUACGGAGUCAGGAUGCGAUCGUGGAAAAAAUGCUGUAUCAAAAACAAAUGGGAAGAAGGAAAAUGAAAGUGGAAUAGCAGUAAACGAUAAAAGCAAUGCCAAAGAUACAGCGAUUGCCGAAGAAAAUAUAUAUCGCUUAACGUGUUACACGUGUGUUAACGUGAGUGAUAAUAAGAUGUGCAACGAAUGGGCAAUAGAUACUCCGUGUCCUGUCGAAGGCAGAGAUUUCUGUCGAUCGCUUCACAUUUUGGAUAGUCGCGGUCAAAGCGUCUUGGUAAGCAAGAGUUGCGUUAGUAAAAUCGAAUGCAGUCCGGCAUCAGUCGGUUGCGUGCCCAUCGAUACACAAAAGAUAUGCAUAAGCUGCUGCGACACGAGUUAUUGCAAUAUCGAGUCACCGACCAACAUGACUAACGCGACUUUCUCGCGCAAGCGUCCGAAACCGAAAAACCUCAAGAAGAAGGCGAAGAAUGACGAGGAGGAUAAGGAUGAAACGAGCAAGGGCUCGUCAGUUCCGGGACUGGCUCCCCUUGUCACCGCCUUCUCCGCAAUUAGCGUCUUUCUUAAUCAAGCAUAUCAUUAAUAAGCCCAAGAAUUAUACGGCGCAUAUAUAUAUAUAU